UCUACGUUGGCAAUUCCAAUGCUGAAAUGUCAAGUUCAGCGAUUUGUCGGCCCGUAAGCUAGACCUCCUUAUUGUUGAAUUUAUAACAAAUUUUGUGUACUAUGUGGUUCCUAUCCGAUAUUAGCUAAAACGAUUGUAGCUCGACUGUUCGCCUGUUAUUUGCAAUGCUAAAAUGAUUCCACUAAAAGACAACCAGGAUGUGGCGUCAUUUCUCGUCACCAAGCACUCAUGGAAGGGCAAAUACAAGCGGGUGUUCUCGGUGGGUACCCACGGGAUCACCACGUACAACCCAGACCGGUUGGAGGUGACCAACAAGUGGCUGUACGCGGAUGUGGUCACCGUGGCCUCGGCGAAGCACUCCAACUCCACAGCCAACCAGGACUUCAUGCUGGUGAUGAAGAAGGAAAAAAAGGUGGACACUAUGAAGUUCUCGUCAGAACAUAAGUGUCUGAUUCUCACUGAGGCUUUCAAGUAUAGGCAUUUGUUUGCUGAGAAAAAAGAUGUUCUUAGAUUUCAAGCCUAUAAGCACCACUGGAGUGGGACUCGGUUACCAAUAGUCCUUGAGGUUGGACCCUGUGCUUUAGAACAACUAGAGCCAUCAACACAUACACUCUUAGCCAGCUACCCUUACUCCGAUAUUCAAGGUAUCCUUCCAGUAAGAGAUGUCUCCGGAGGCUUUGUCCUGGCCGUCGGUGGCUACAGUCGCCUCCACCUGUUCUCCAACGCCAUGGACCACCAAACCAUCAUCAACAAGAUGCUAGAAAUGGCCAAUCUAACACUGAGCAUUAGUAUAAAAGUGCUCAACACAAUGAUCACUUUGGAGGACUACCACAAUCAAAGAUUUGGAAAAUACAGUGGCGACCAACAUCAAACCUCACUGAGCGAGUUCAUAGUUCACAAAGUGAACCCAGCGCGGCACAUGGAGCCGAUGCGGCGCACGCUCUGUCUGUCCGACACGUGCAUCUUGGAGCGCGACCCGCAGACCUACUCGGUCGUGUGUCUUCGUCCGCUGAGCGACGUGUUCGCUUUAGUCAGAGACCGGGACCACCCACAAAAGUUCUCCAUCGAGUACAUGAAUGGACAGACUCGGACUUACAUGGCCGGUGAAAGAGACGCGUUAUUAGCGUCCCUCUUGGACGGCGUCCGUUCCGCCGGGCAGCGCGACGUGCACGUGCGCUCCGGCGCCACGCCGCGCGGCUACCGGCUCGGCCCGCUGCACCAGCCCACGGACGAGGAGACAGAGUCCAACCAUCUCAGAUUAUUCCAGAACCCAGUGGGCAUGACGCGAGCGGAGGUGAUCGAGCGGUUCAACGCUAAUGUCGGUUACAGCGGACUCAACUAUUCCGUCAGUGCUGAUCGCCUAUUCGCUGAGAAUAAGGAGAAGCUGAUAACGGGAGCGCUGAGUGCUCUCGUGAACAGCACCACUACAAGCGCUACGUUGCCUCCGAGAGAGCUAGAGGCGCUGUUUCAUGCGUUGCGGCGGCUGUGCGCUAGCAAAGUUGGAUUCGCAGCCUUUACAGCGUUGCCUGGAUUCCGCGAAUGGAUCGGGUCAGCCGUAGUGGGCGCGCUCCGCCGCGGCUCGGCAGCGUGUUCGCACGCGGCCCUGGAUGCAGCCUGCGCCCUCAUGCAGCCCAUGCACCACGAACCGGACCUCCGACAGGAGCAGCUGAAUAAGGCCUCCAUGUUGGCUACUCAGCCUUUCCUAGAGGGUUUACUGUCUAUGUGGGCAGAACACGUUACUGCCGGAAGCGGGGCGCUGGUGGUGGCGGCCAUGUUGGAUUUCCUCACGUUCGCGCUAUGCGUGCCGUACAGUGAAACUACAGAUGGCAAACAGUUCGACCAGCUUCUGGAAAUGGUCGCAAAUAGAGGCCGAGUGCUUUUUAAACUAUUUGAGCACCCAUCAAUGGCUAUUGUGAAAGGCGCUGGUUUAGUGCUUCGCGCUCUAGUGGAAGAAGGUGGUUCGGGUGUCGGCUCGCGAAUGCAAGCACUAGCAUUGGCCGAAGCGGCCUUACCAAGACAUCUGCUGACAGCUUUGUAUGCUGGAGCCAGGUUGCACCACCGACAUCUAGCGCGUCAUCUGGUGGCGCUCUGGUUAGUGGACCACGCACCAGCUCAUAAUCUACUUAAACGCAUUAUGCCCUCCGGACUUUUGGCUUUCCUCGAAUCAACAGAGGCGCCACCAGCCGCGGCGUUAGAAGCGGACCGAAUAAACGAGAGAGACAACUUGGAACUAGCACAAGCCUCGGUGAAACCGCGCGCGGCGCACUGGGAGGCGUUGGAGCGACAGGUCAAAUACGUCGAGAAACAUCUAGAGCACUACGCCCAACUAGCCCUCCAGCACUGGGCGGCCCGCGCCGGCGGCCCCGCGCGCGCGCCGCGGGACGCCGCCCGCGACCGCCCCGUGGUGCUGCGGCGGCGUCGGGAGCGCCUCAAGGCCACCGCCAACUGGCCGCUCUUCUACUACCAGUUCCACCGCGACCACGCGCUGCCCAACCUCAUAUGGAACCACACGACUCGCGAAGAACUCCGGAACGCACUAGAAAACGAGCUUCGAGCGUUCACAUCAGACCGGGAAGUGUGUGGCGACACCCUCACCUCAUGGAAUCACGCAGAGCUAGAAGUGCAUUACCAGUGUCUACAGAAUGAAGUCAAAAUUGGCGACUACUACCUGAGGAUAUUACUGGAACAGAGAGACAAUGAUGACAGUCCCAUACGGAAAUCUUACGAGUUCUUUAACGACCUAUACCACCGGUUCCUAUCAACGCCGAAGGUCGAGAUGAAAUGCAUGUGCCUCCAAGCAAUGAGUAUAGUCUACGGCCGGUAUUUUGAAGACAUCGGUCCCUUCGCUGACACCAAAUAUAUAGUACAGAUGUUGGAUAGGACAUGUGAUAAAAUGGAAAGAGACAGACUGGUUCAAUUUUUAUCAAAACUGAUUUUACAUAGAAGAAAUGUUAGUGAGAUUUUAGAAUGGAAUGGUGUAAGAAUAUUAGUAGAUCUAAUGACAUUAGCGCAUUUACACACAACUCGGGCGACGGUACCAGCGCAAAGCAACGUAAUUGAGGGCCCAGCCCGAGCCGAAGGCGGGGACCGAGAGUGGUACUACAACAUAGAGCAGGGGGGCAAGGUUGAGAGGAAGGGACCCAUUAGUUUCCAGCAGCUCAAAGACCUAUACAAGAGCGGGGAAAUCAACAACAAGACGAAGUGCUGGGCGCACAGCAUGGAGGGCUGGCGAUGUAUCGGCGCCGUUCCUCAACUCAAAUGGACGCUAGCGGCCCGGGGAACCGCAGUCAUGGACGAGAGUGCUUUGGCUUCUACUGUGUUGGAUUUGUUGAUCGCUGCUGCUCAGUAUUACCCCAGCAGAGACGAGGAGGACGCUGUAAUACGGCCUUUGCCAAAAGUAAAGAGAAUGUUGUCAGAACCUGCCUGCCUGGCGCACGUUGUUCAACUACUGCUCACCUUCGAUCCGGUACUCGUUGAGAAGGUGGCAACCCUGCUUUACGAAGUGAUGCAGGACAACCCUGAGAUCUCCAAACUGUACCUAACCGGCGUGUUCUACUUCAUGCUAUUGUACACGGGUUCGAACCUGCUACCCAUCGCGAGGUUCCUGCGACUCACGCAUAUGAAACAGGCGUUCAGAGCUGAUCAGACGACAUCAGACAUAAUGCAGCGUUCGAUCCUUGGUCAACUCCUACCCGAAGCCAUGGUCUGUUACCUGGAGAAUCAUGGCGCGGAUAAGUUCGCGCAGAUCUUCCUUGGAGAAUGGGACACGCCUGAAGCUAUAUGGAACUCUGAAAUGAGACGAAUGUUAAUAAUGAAGGUAUCAGCACACAUCGGCGAGUUCACACCCCGGCUCCACGCACACAUCGCCGCUCGCUACCCAUACUUAGCUAUACCCGCUGUGUGCUACCCACAACUACAACACGAAUUGUUCUGCAACAUGUUCUAUCUGCGUCAUCUGUGUGAUACACACAAGUUCCCUGACUGGCCGAUUCCAGAGCCGGUUCAACUUCUAAAAGACGUAUUAGAAGCAUGGCGGCGCGAAGUCGAAAAGAAACCUCCUUCUAUGACGGCGAGCGAAGCUUACACAGCCCUGGGUUUGACCGGACAACACGACGAAGCAGCCGUACGCAAGGCCUAUUAUAGGCUCGCGCAACAGUACCAUCCGGAUAAAAAUCCGGAGGGCCGGGACCGCUUCGAGGCAGUAAACCAAGCUUAUGAAUUUCUAUGCAGCCGCAACGUGUGGACCGGCGAUGGGCCCAACGCUAACAACAUCGUGCUCAUAUUGCGCACGCAAACUAUACUUUUCCAGCGAUAUUCGGACGUACUGGCACCAUACAAAUACGCCGGCUAUCCUCAACUGCUUCGAACAGCGCGUCUCGAAGCCGAAGCGGAGCAACUGUUUGCCGAAAAAGACUCUUCUGGUCUGUUGCCGGCGGCGUGCGAGUUGGCUCACGCCACUGUUAAGUGUUCCGCUCUUAAUGCCGAGGAAUUAAGGAGAGAGGGAGGCUUACAGGUCCUCCACGAAGCCUUAACCCGCUGCGUGCCCGUCCUCUCCACAUCAACGAAGCCCGGCGACGUGGCAGCCGCCGUAUGCGCGCACGCCGCCCGUUGCUUCGCCGUCGCCGCGCAGUUCCCCGCCUGCCGAGAGUUAUGCGCCACGCUGCCGUCACUGAGCGGGGACGUCGUGCCGCUGCUGAGAAGACCGCAUCUCGGCGACACAGCGUGCGCGGGCGCGGAAGCGGUAGCGGCACUGGCAGCGGAGCCUACCAUACGCGAGCAGAUCGCCCUCGCCGGGGCCCUGCAAGCGUUGCUGCCCAACGUGCUGCAAUACGACUACACCCUCAAGGAGUCCGGUGUGGAGACUGACGCACAGGCCAACAAGCAGGAGGUGGCGAACCAGCUGGCGAAGCUAUGUGUGGCAGCGCUAGCCGCCAUGUACGGGCCCCACGCGGAGCCCGGGCCGCUGGACGAGCGGAUACGGGAGGCGCUCCGAGCCACGCUGACGCCCUACCUGUGCUCGCGGCUCAAGGACGAGGACCGGCACGAGCUACUGAAAACGCUAACCUCGAACUGGAGGACACCCUUACUCGUCUGGGACAACAGCACACGAGCCGAACUACGCGACAUACUCCGAGCCAAAAUGGAACCUGAUGGUCCACUGGUGCCAGACUUCAAGUAUACAGCUCAUGAGGGCUUGUUAGUGGUUGGUGGGGUCUAUGUGGCCAUAUACAACGACCAGCCCGAGUUUCCCGUACCAAACCCUCAGCAGUUCAUCCUGGAUCUGCUAAAGUUCAUCCUGGAACAUACCAAAGAAGACAUGACUCCAGAACGCGUGGAACAUAUCACUAUGGCGUUGUCGGCUCUCGCUAAUGUCGUCAUUAAAAACCCAGGGUCCGAGAUUCAGUGCAUCGGCCAAUUCGGGCUAAUCUUCGGCAUGUUGUCUGCGCGCGCGCACCCCUCCCUGCAGGACGCGGCGCUGCGGGGCGUGCUCGCCGCCGCCGGCAGCCGCGAGUGUGUGGAGGACGUCGCGGCCAGCCAAGUGCUAGGUCACUUGCUGGCGCUGCUGGGCGCGCGGCCGCCGCGGCCGGACGCGCUGGCGGCGCUGGCGGCGCUGCUCGCCAACACGGCGCUAGUCAGGGAAGCGCUCGCCAAAGGUGCUGUGAUAUACCUAUUAGACUUGUUCGCGAAUAGCAAAGUUCCCGAGAUUAGAGAGUCCGCGGUCGAGUUGUUAGCUCGAAUGAUGGCGGACAAACUUCACGGACCUAAGGUCCGAUUAACAAUGUCGCGCUACGUGCCCGGAGUAUUCUGUGAAGCCAUGCGCGAGAGUGGACCGGCGAGUGCUACGCACAUGUUCGACUCGCGCCACGAGCACCCCGAGCUUGUGUGGACGGACGAGGCGCGCGCGCAAGUGUGUAGCACUUUAGCUGAGCGGGCUGACAAACACCAAUGCAACCAGCUCCGCGACCCCAAUUGUACCUUCGAGGACCUGUCGGCCGUGUCUUGCGCCGCCGCCGCCGCGGGCGAGGACACUUGGGCGCCGCCCGGCGAGGUGGUGGUGGGCGGCGUCUACCUCAAGCUGUUCCUGCAGAGCCCGCACUGGAGCCUCCGCAGCCCCAAGCGGUUCCUGCAGGAGCUGCUCGCCGAGUGCGUGGCCGCGCUCGGCAAGGACGCCAGCGAGGGCAGCAGAGGCGACAUCUGUGCGAAAGCGCUGGCCGUGCUCGUGUCCACACGCCCAGCGCUGGGCGAAGUAUGCGCCCAACUGGGUGAACUACCUCGACUGAUGAGAUUACUGCCACAGUGCCCGCUACACGCCGUGCCCAUCGUCGCAGCCUUAGCCCGCACACAGUCGUGCGUAAUGGCGAUGAACCAGACCGAAGUGAUGUCCGGUCUUAAAACAGCCGUGAAGUCAUGUCGGGAGAUCAUCGGCAGCGCGUGUGAAGCGCUCGCCUCCAUAUUCAACAGCUCUGUCAACACGGAUCGCCUCGUUUUACAGGCUCUAGAAACUGGUCUGAUAGACGAACUCCUAUCCCUCCUCGAGACUCGACUGGACGGGCAGGCCGCUGCCCAACUGGUCAACGCAUUAAAAGCCAUGGCGCGCUCCACCACGCACGGGGAGCGAGUGAGAGGCGUGCUGGCCAAGAGCCGCGUGUGGGAGCAGUACGCCCAGCAGCGACACGACCUGUUCAUCACUGCGCCCUCACAGCACGCGCUACAAGCGGCGCCUACCUCAGCGGGCUACCUGACGGCCCCACCAUCGAGUAUCACCGCGCAACCGCCACCUAUCGAUUGACGACUGCCCGUCUGAACAUUAUAAGACUACCUGACACGGUUAGCGAGUCAUUACUAUACACUCGUAGAGAUAAGGGAUAGACGAAAUGACACAACAUGUACACAAGUUGUAUGCUCAGUGCAGGACCGUGCACGUUAGGUCUGCCAUCGGGUGACCCAAAUGAUUUAGGUUAAUCUAAUUAUGUAAGGCUAAAUCGGAAAAUUAAACUUGACAUUGACACUUCACGCCCAAACAGGUGCUGCCCCUUACACAUUUACGCUCCCUUGCGCGUUGUAGGUUCAGCCAUCUUGUGGCUUAAAUCGGAAACUUAAACAUUUAUACACUUGGCGCCAAUAAUCAAAUAUACGUUCCCUAUAGCGGAUAGCGCCUCAGCGCCCCCCGGCGAUUGACAACUGCCCGUUGUGUAGUAGCUGUUCAAGCUAGCGACGUGACGGUAAGCGACUCUUAACAGUCUUAACAUUACUAUCAAACCCGAUUAUCAAUAUUCAUUGAAAAUCAGCAAGUAUAAGUCGUAGGAAACCCUAACUUUACCGUUGGUGGCAAACUUCGUCCAAGUAAAAUAUUAAAAUAAUGUUUUUACCAAGAAAUAGAUAUCCUUCGAAUUAAGUCGAGACGAGGCCUUUUAACGCAGCAUCAGCGAGAGUAUUAGUAGCCGACUUGAUAAGAGUAAGGCCUGAUUUCCUCCUACGCUGAAGUCGGUCGAGCGUACCGUCUACCGUCGGAAGAAAAAUCUGCUACGGACGUCAGCGUCGCUGUGCGGGGCCCAUAGAACAUUGGCUGUCUCUGUCACAUUUCGCAAGAAAGAACGGGAAAGAGCAUGCGCGCCAAGUGUCCGUUUUGAUCGAAUUUUGUCGAUUUUUAUUUAUUUUAAAAACGUUACCCUACAAUAUCGAAAUUCGAAAGCUAUGAAAUUACUAUUUAAGUUAAGAUUGUUUUUUCUUCUUUUUUUGUUUAUAGUAUCACAUAAUAAAUAACCGAGUAAAGUUGGAUUAAAAGUCCGAGUUAGAGGUUACUUUGGGAAUUAAUUGUAUCGAGCAAAGUGUCAUAAUUCGUGUAUCGGAAGCUAUGAUAUUAAAAAUAAUAUAGUCAAGAACUACAUAUAUUUUUUCCACGUCUACGAAUAUCAACGUCUCUUAGAAAAAUAUGAUCAUAUAAGGAAAUUUUUCGCCUUCUGGGUCAGGGAACCGCCUUAAUUCGUACGCUCGACCGACGUCAACGACCGAUGUCAGCGUAGGAGAAAAUCAAGCGUAAUUCAAUCAAGCAUUGUCUUUACACAUGCGAUACAGCGCACGGCGACAGAUACUAACAGUACCUCCAGACAAACCGAAGGAAGAACCUACGUAUUUUUGCCAAACCUUACUUAUCCUUCUGAUGAUCGGCUUUUGAAAUUUGGUACGUUAAAUUCAACUGUCAAGUUGACAAAAAGUCACAACUUGCUGGGGGCCUAUGUUCUAUGUGUAGGACGCUGGUCGUCAGGAGGCUAUACUGAUUUGGGGCAUUUUCUAUGAAAAUGUCGAUGGCGCUUACGCCGCACAGCGUCGCGCGGCAUUGUAUUUAUAUCGGAGUAUCGUUUAUAAUGGCGUAAGCGCCAUCGACAAUAAGAUCCCUUGUUAUGGAAAAUACCACAUUUUAUGAGACCGGAUUUAGAAUUCUUUUAUAUUGUAUUAAAAUAAGUAUAUCUUAUUUUGAAAGUCCAUUUAAUUUUGUGUUAUUUUUUUACCCGCAAUAUUCAAUGUUCAAUAUAAGGUUUUUGCAGUAAGCCUAAUGUUUUAUAUGGAAUUAUGUAUAGUAAAAUUUUGCUGUAAAUAAGUGAUAGUUGAAUAAAGAUAUCUGUUUUUUAUUAUUAUCGAAAUGCAGCAUUCCAAAUUAAGUAUGUAGUUGCGAUAGAAACAUGACAAUUUUAGAACCAAUUGCUUGAACAAAAAAUGUUAGCAAAGUGUGAUGUUUGUGUUCUCUAAAAUAUUACUUAAUUCUGUAAUAACUAUCGGCUAUCAUGGGAAGAAUGAAACUCAAAUGUUAUCAAAUAUAUGUAACUGAAUUGUAUUAGAAAAAAUUGUUGGGUGAUUUCACGAAAAGUGACGCGAGUUGUUUUUUCAUUAAUGAUGCACAUUUGGGUGUCAAUAUAUCUAGGUAUAAAAAGGGACACUAUCUAGAGACAAAUUGUGGCUUACCAUCAGAGUAGGGUCUUGUGCUUAAGGACCUUUCUCUGAUGGAAACCACAAUUAACACUAAACACAUAAUAAAAUGGCGUAUCGCAUGACUGUUGUCGUGGCCCCUUAGGUCUAUAAGAUAAUGUUUAAAAUAAUUAAUCAUGUCAUGGCAAAAAAGAUAGCCGAUAGAGUUAAUACUAAAAAAAUAUGAAAAUUCAAAAUGUCCUUUUCAUGACUUAAAAGAUGUGUCAAAAAAUCAAGCUCUUUAAGACAAGUACUCUCACCAUGAGUUUUACGCGGGCUUAAACGCUAGCGAAUGCGUCAACUCAAACGCCUGCAUCUCGCUUGUACCAAUGUACGUACGAGGGAGAUGCAUUGUAUGUUAGUUUACGCAAUCGCUAGCGAAUAUGUCAGAGUCAAACUCGUGGUAAGGUUACUGAAGGGCAAUAUUACUCCCAGUGUGUAACGUAGUAACGUAUCAUCAUAAAUUAAAGUCUAUUAAGUAUUUUUGCUUUAGUUUUUAUAUGCACGCAUUACGGUUGAAAUUCGAGCAUUGUGGGAAAUUUAGUUUACUGUUAUCAUUUAUUAUAUUAUAAUCGUACCUAUAAUUGCUUGUGGUUAUUCUUGUACUUACGUUUCUGUAGUUAAUGCUGUUUAUUUGUCACUGGACCUCGUUAUAUUUGUGCCACCAAUGAGUUGCGUCACUGGGGGCCUAACGAAGAUGUCAAUCGCUUGCGCUACGACAAAGAAACGCUUUCUCUCUCUCUAUCACUUUUACAUCUUACAAACUGGCAUCUUGGCUAUGCAUCCUGAACUGAGAAAUAAUCAAGUCGUUGGUGAAGCAUUGUCUCGUUCUCAAGUAUAUUGGAAGAGCCUAACGUUGCAACAGACCAGUGACAGGCGUGGCUCACUCCGCGAUUUCGUCGUGUCGCUACAAGUACAUGCGGCCCACACCAAUUUUGGUGUCUAGCCAUAGUAAUUGGCGCGCACCGCUACGGAACGGACGCCUGUUCGCUCUUGCGCCACCUAGCGGUUGCCAUCUGUCGUAAUAAACGCGUUUUGUUAGAAUCUUCUGUUUUUUUAUUCUGUAGACUAAAAUGACAUUUCAUGUGGUACUAAGAAAUGUCAUGCCUUACACAUGGAACGUCAUUUUAGUUUACAGAAUAAAAAAACAGUCCUUAGUAUGUACUAUUAUUUAUUCUGAGCCAGUGAUGACUACUUUGUGACACGAAUAUGAAGUUGGGGGAGUAUAAUUCUGGCUAUUAAACCAUUUUCAUUAUCCUCGAUAACUUGGGAGACAAAAAAAAAAAGAAGUUGUAUAUUCUGUUUUUUAUUCCGUAGACUAAAAUGACAUUUCAUGUGGUACUAAGAAAUGUCAUCUCAUACACAUGAAACGUCAUUUUAGUCUACGGAAUAAAAAAAGGGUGUUUGACUAAUACCUAGUCAGUUUCUUUUUUCGAACUGUCAAAACGAUUUGCCAUUGCGUAAUUUAUAUGAAAUACUAGCAAAUGACGUCACGGUAAACUUACCUACAGAUGUAGUGAACAAUCCUUUGCCAGUAGACUUAUAUUGACCGGGAUAUAGACCGUGAUUACCUUUUGUAUUAUUUUUGUAUUUUGUAUCUUCAGUCACCCGUGAACAUGAUGCAUGUAACUGCGUCGAAAUAUCGGGAGCUCACAAAUAGUACAAAAGGUAAUCACGGUCUAUAUCCCGGUCAAUAUAAGUAGUGAAACUAACCGUGAAUCAUUCAAAACUCUAAUCCUUUGCCAUCGUAUUUUCUCGGAAACGUUCGUAAUUGUCAUCCUACUUCAGUCUUCUUCUUCUUUUAAAAUUAUGGCUUCAGCCCAGUGGGACUAUUUCGCCAGUAUCAAGGUAUUAAGAGGUUUAAAAACGACAAAAAUUGUACGGUUGUACAAGACAGUGUACGGUGAUUUGUUAGCUCUUGUAAAUCGAUAGCUAGACUUUACAAGAAGCACGUGGACUACCGGCCGUUGACUCCAAGAUGGUGGUUAAACGCGCUUCAAAAUUAAUUCUCCAUUCACUGCACAAUACCACAUUAGUUUACUGUAUAAUAAGCUAUCGAUAUUACACUUUAAACAAUAUUAAUGAGCAAAAAACAAAGUAAUUAAUCACGAUGCUAACUAUCAAGAUGGCGCUCGAACCGGAAGUCUACUUCAGUCGGUCUCAGUACUUUUGUACUGGCAUAAAUGGCAUAACACGUUUGUGCGUUUCCGUGUAAAUACGAUGGCAAAGGAUUGUUCACUAUAUCUGUACUCUUUAUAGUUCUAUACGAUUUAUAAAAUAGAAAUUGUGUCUAAAAAUAACUUCUAUCCACGUUUCUGGUGCUUUAUUUCAUGCAUGGUGUGAAAUAAUUUAUUUAAAAUACAGUCAACAUCUCUAUUGUGUCAAAGAUUUUCUCUAAAUCACAUGUGACACUACAUACAUGCUAACCACACUGACACUUCUAUGUCACAACUAUGUGCAAGCAUUAAAUGUCUCUAUAGUUUUAACUGUGUCACUAGUUAUUUAUUAAUAAUUAAUUAGGUAAGUACUAACUUUCGACUAUUUCAUUAUUUUCCACUGUUUUUUGUUGACGUGAUCAGGUCCUGGCAGAAAAUCAGUGCUUUUCCUAAUGGGUGAAGCGUAAUACUGAGCCAGAACCUUUUUGUUUUGCUGCGACGCACACAAGAUUUUUAUUUGUAUAAAACAGUAUUUUUAUGUAUUUUUUCCUUUUUCUCUAUUAUGUAAAAAUCUGUGUGACUCUUAUUUGUUGUUGUAAUUUUUAUUUUUUUCUGGAUUGUUCUGUGUACCUAUGUCAUUUUUGUAUUUAAAUAUUUUGUGUGUAUUGUGGCAAACAACAAAACAGUUUAUCUAUCUAUCUAUCUGUCAAAGUACAGCAAUGGCUUGAUAUUCCACUUUGAAUCUUGUGACUUGACAAUACGGUCGUGAAUACCGCCGGCUAACGUUUUAACCUACCACUGCUACCGCAAGGCGGUUUCUGUUCGUUGGCGCUUUUCGCUACAUAGCGAAAAAACGUGUUAUCGGCCACAAAUAUAGCGUGUAGCCCGCACUGGCAGUGAAUGCGUCCUUUUCUCCAUAUUUUUCCUAAAAUAUAUCUAGGAUAAUGAAAAAGGUCGUUACGCCUGAACAUUAAUCUUAUUAUGUCAAACUAUCAAUAUCGCGUCAAGCCAAUAGUAUUGUGAGCCAAAGUUAUCGUGUAUUAUAAUUUACUGUCGGUACUUCGAAACAAAAAAGGACUUAUCCCGUUGCGAUAAGGUCCAUUUUAGGGCGUCCGCUAGCUGACAGGGUUGCACGGAGCGGGUGAGCGGGUUAACGAAAAAUAGUAUGAGCGUUGCUAACUGGCGCGGACGCGUGCGACGGAUUUUCCCUACACCCACACCCGCGUGCGUGCGCCCGCUUCUUGCACCCGCCCCCGCUAGCGGACGUCCUUGGAUGCCGCAUAUGUAUUCUGUUUAUGUAUGAAGUAUGAUCUCUCCUUGGAGGUACACAAUAAAUGUUAUUCCUAUAUGACUAGAUGUAAGUUUUUUUAUUGAUCUGUAUUAUAAAGGGGGGCGUAGAAUUCACACUUUUGUAUGGAUGUAGGUAGGACGGAUACCAAUACUCUUUAUUUUAUAUGUUUUGGUUAAAUACAAUCGGAAAGAUUUGUUUUUGCUAAAAUUGAACACUCGAGUUUUCAUAUCUUGCCAUAACAGGGCGCGUAGCAAACGUGCCAUUCAUUUACGCUUCGUAGCGUAGCGUAGCCAUCUCUCUCUGUCACUCUUUCAAUAUGAGUGCGACAGUGACAGUUGCGUGUAAAGGGGCCCACUGAUUAUCAGUCCGCCGGACGAUAUCAGCUAUCAGCAGUUAGAACAAAAAUUUGAUAGUUCCGAACAACUGUAAGGCCGAUAUCGUCCGGCGGACUGGUAAUCAGUGGGCCCCUUAAGAGCGCUGGUGGCCUAGCGGUAAGAGCGUGCGAAUUAAUCCGGAGGUCGCGGGUUCAAACCCCGGCUCGUACCAAAGAGUUUUUAGGAACUUAUUAUGUACGAAAUAUUAUUUGAUAUUUACCAGUCGCUUUUCGGUGAAGGAAAACAUAGUGAGGAAACCGGACUAAUUCCAAUCAGACCUAGUUUCCUCUCUCGAUUUGAAGGUCAGAUGGCAGUCGCUUUCGUAAAAAUUAGUGCCUAGUGCCUACGCCAAUUCUUGGAAUCAGUUGUCAAGCGGGCCCUAGGCCGUGGCAAAAUACCGGGAUAACGCGAGGAUGAUGAUGACUAGCAAUUGCGUUUCGUUUGCCACGUAGCGUCAACGAUUGGCACGCUGGCUACGCACCCAGAGCCGCAAAACUUGCGUUUUGAGACUGACCUCAGAAUGGCGUUUUAGUAAUCUAAGCUAAAUAUAAAUUAAUUUAGACCCGUCAAACUAAAAUAGCCUUAAUUUUUUUGAAAAAAAAAGAAUUAUGAGAUUUAUUUGUAUGAAAUCAUAAAUUUGUCGAAAUUUACACAGCUGAGUAAAUAAGGUUGAAAUCUAAUGAGAGAUAGCAGAAAGUAUCAGGCGGUAGAAAUAUGUAAGAAUAUAUACUACGUGCCUAGUUUAAACAGUCGAAUAAUUCGAUUUGUAUCAAUCCCAGAUUCAUAAUGUUUUAAGAGUAGAUCAACAGCGUCGAUCUACGAUUGACGAAAUUAAAGAUAUUUAAAGGUACAGGAACUUUUAAAGCGUAUAGCGUAACUUUACGGUGAAGUACAAUCAGGGACACUGUCGGUGAACCACUUCAGAAAAUGUUACCUCGUUCUUUACGAGCGAGCUAAACUCCGCCUCCCAAUUUACGAUGCAUUUAGGAUUCUUUAUCUUAAUCUUAAUAAUGAAUUCUUUAUCUUAAUAAUGAAAAGGGUAAAAGCAGGUAAUGAGACAAACAAUAGGUAGUAAGGACAGUUUAUUACUUGUUGUUGUUUAGGCUAUGAUUCGCCUCCCCAUAAAGAUAACCAAUUAGGAUGCAUUUAGGAUUCCUUAUCUUAGUUUGCAAAUGCCGGCCCUCACGAAGACAAUGAACGACAAUAAACUUUACCUAAGCUAACCUUUUUUUUUCAAGACUCACAUUUUUAAGUGCCAUGCUAUUGAUCAUCACUUUUACGAUAUGAAGGGUACACGGAAAGAACAUAUCUAGUCACUUUAGUAGCAUUUUGAGUAAUCGCGGUUUUAAAAUUUGGAUCCAUGUCAAAAUGUAUGGUAAUUCCGUGACCAGGUCUUUUUUAACAAAAAAAAAAGUUGUUAUAUUAUACAGUGGUAGCAAAAGAUAUAAUAAUAGUAGUAGUAGUUCAAGAAGAGCUCUACAUUUUGAAAUGAAAAUCUUGUUUUCCGAAAAAAGUGACUAGACAUGUUCUUUCCGUGUACCCUUCAUAUCGCCUGGCCGUCUGCAAGACAUUUAAACGAUUUUUACCCUUAAGGUGGUUCACCGGGAAUGUCCGCGAUUGUACCUCACGCUGGUCGCAAGCGUACGACGUGAAGCGACGACAAAGGCCUUAGAUGAGUUAAUUGAAUUAUUUGACUGUUUUAACUCGGGCAGUAUCGCAUGUAUGGUUAUUAGUGAGAUAAUAUAUUAACGAAUUCAGUGUAUUAUAUUAUGUUUUAAUUUAGCCAUAUCAUAGUUUAGGUGUCUACAAUGGAUUAUGAAUGAAACUUAUGUUUGCUCAUGACAUGAGAACGUCCUAAUUAUUGCGAUUGUUUUGAUCGGAGAACGGUAACGUUGGUCGUGUGUUUUAUUACUAGUAAACUUAGGGCCAUUUCCACUGUCCACACUUGACGGCCCGAUCAUCGUCACACAGCAGUGAAGUAUGAAACUUACUUACAAUAACAAAUACAAAAGUAUUUAACGAUGGCAGACAGAUUGGUGGAACUGACCCUUAGUGUUUGACAGCCUAACUCCGCGUAAUAUACCUAUAUAAAACGACUCGUUUAUCGAGGCGUUAAUGAUUAAUCCUUUGACACCAUAAAUUCUAUAGCGUCAUGAGUUAUCGUAACCAUCACGUCAACGCUUAUGUGAUAAAUCGUACGCUGUUAAUGUUUACCUUCAUGCUUUUAAGUAAAAGCAAAUAGAAUUAAGUAGACAAGAGUGCUCACUCCAUACAUCAGUUUUGUUACCAAAAAGACUAUUUUUUUUGGUAGAUGACAUCUAGCGUCAAGUAGCGGAAUUAUCAUUACUGCUACCCGACACUAGACGUUGCGACGAACGGAAAAUCUAAUGCUCAACGAUUUUCACCUAAUAUUAUAACCAGAUUAACUGGAACUCUAUUUUCAACUCCUUCUGCUUAUAAUAUUAGAUGUAAAUUGUUGAACAAUUCAAUUUUCGUCAGUCGCGACAUAAGUGACAUCUAGUGUUAAGUAGCAGUACUGAUAAUUCCGCUAUUUGACGCUAGAUGUCGACUACGAAAAUAAUAGUAUUUUUGGUAACAAAACUGAUGUAUUGAGUGAGCACUCUUAUGUCUACCUACUUAAUUCUCGUUGGUAAAAAUUAUAUUGGCUGGCUUGUGCCUAUGGCCUUGGCUUGUGUAUGUUUUUUUUAAAUAGUAAUAUGACGUGGCUAUAGGUAUUUGUGCCGUUCUCGAGAAUGUUCUUCGUUUUGUAUACGGAGAACGUUCUUGAAAACGGCACAACUAUAGACGAUGCGUUCAAAGGAUUAAGUUAAUAGUUUCAACACACGAUCAGCGAGGGUUAAGGCUGAGAUGGCACCACGAAAACGGAGAAAGCGUUGUAUAUGGAUAUUUUUAUAUGUAGCACUAAGUUAUACCAUUUAAAAAUAUUAAAUUAUACCAUAUGAAGCAAU